AUGCGCCGCUUUUCUACCGAAGUCGAAAAGGCCGCCCAGGAAGUCAUUGACCACUUUGAACGGGCCGUUCAAGGGGUUGAGCACGAACCGCCGAAGCCACGGCUCGGUGCUGGUCGUGCUAAGGUGCACCCAAGCGACGUAAAACUCGGCCGGACAGUCAGCUCGCCGUCUCUCGACAAAAUCGAACUGCUAUUCAACGACCAGAGCUCAUCAAUGAAAACUUCAAUGGUGUCGUUACCUCAUCAAAACAGCUCUCCCUUAGGCCAGAACACGGUGAUGCCCGCCCCGCAAUCGUUGCCAUCGUCUACUAUGGGCCCCACGAUUAUGGUCACCAAGGAGAAGAACAGCCAUCGCGGCGAGCUUUCCAUGGCCGAAAAGUACCAUUAUGAUCUCUCAAAAGCCCAGCUGAAGGCGUCGUCCAGAAUCUCGGCUUUGUUAGCCGGUUUUGCGAUGGUAGCACUGGUCGAGCUACAGUACGACGAGACAAUCUCGCAUGGGUUGUUGGUGGUGUUAGGCGUGGUAACAACGCUGCUCGUCUCAGUCCAUUUGCUCGCCUUGAUGAUGUCGACCUGUAUUUUGCCCUAUAUGGAAGCUUCCGGUGCCACGAAGGAUUCACCGCAUCAGAGGCUGAAGUUCUUUGUCGAUCUCGCCUGGCUCUUCUCAACCUGCAUUGGGCUUCUCCUUUUCCUCAUCGAAAUCGGAGUCAUCUUCUUCGUCAAAUUCGUCUCCGUCAAGUACAACACAGCAGCCUACAUUACAACAGCCUUAUUAGUCCCGGUUGUCGUCAUUUUUGUCGUUUUCUCCUAUCUAAUCCACAAAAAGCGCACCACGCAUUCGCUCGAAAGAAUAAAGGAUAAGGUGGCCGGACUCAACGAGAUCUUCGAGGCU